GACAGUCCGGUGCGAGAGCUCACAGAGAUAGGUGGCUUGCGAGAGGGGGGUAGAUAAAAAGAAAGGAGGAGGGACUAAUCGAUGGAGUGUGCCUGGCUUUGAAAAGAGGCCCCUGGACUUUUGUGCUGAUUGAAAGGGAUGCAUGCCCACAUGUGCUUGUGAUCGACUCUGACAUUGGAUUUCUUUAAAAGGAACCAUCGGGAUCGUUGUCAUAUUUCCAGGUGUAUAGGAUACACAGGGAAUAAUUUAUUCAGGAAUUUCAUUUCAUGGUGACAGCGUUUUUUAAGUGAUGUUCCAGGCUUGUUUGCCAUUUGAGCGGAUCGUCAGUGACACGCAUGUGUGUGUGUGUGUGAUAUAUCUUGGAUUUAAUAACAAGGGAAUGUAUUCAUUUACAGCUGUUCACAAACAAAUUUGAUUCUCAGGUCCACAAAUAAAAGGGAGACUUCAUGAAACGAAAGUAAACUAAGUGAGCUUCUCGAGUCUCGGGUUCUGCCGCCACACCCCACCCUGACCCUAUGCCACCAACCAGGAUGACCCAGGAGGUCAACACCAUCUACCAACCCCGGCGACAGGAACAGCUUGCUUCGGCCACGGCCAUCGACACACCCGUCCCCACUGAUCCCACCGCUGCCACCAGAAAUGGAGCACCCAGAAGACGAUCUCCGCCCAACUCCCAGAGCAGGGGCUUCCAGAUCCGCCAUGGAGCCUUCAAGCUCAACCAACUGCGGUUGCCGACAUCGGCAUCGCGGUUCAUCGUCAUGCAAGUGAUCCUCAGCUGCAUUUGUGCCACACUUGGGAUCCUAGCUGUGGCCUUCCACUGCUGGAUGGCAUACAUGUGCAUUCCUGUUAUUGUAGGAGCAUUGGAACUCUUUGUUGGAAUAAUGGGAUAUACUGCAUUGAAGAGACCUCACAAGAGAUUCUUGAUCAGAACCUACUUUGUUGGAUGUCUCUUUGGUUCUCUCGCUGGUCUUGCACUGGUCAUCUUCAGUAUCUUUGGAGCCACUCUGGAGCAGGACUAUGAAUGCACCCUGCUGCCUGAUGUCAUUGCCAGGUGUAACGUUGUCAAGGGCGCCCGGUUUACGAUACAACUUACGACCGUCAUCAUUGGUACUGGUGUCAUCGUGGUCACCCAAGUUAUGUUUAUGUUCAUGUGCUAUGGAUGUUGUUCCAGGACUCAGAUUGAUGACCAAAGAGGACGGUCAAGAGCAACCAACACCAACACAGCCGAUGACGUCCCUGCUAAUCUGGAGCUGCCGACAUAUGAGGAGCAUCACAAUUACCCCGCUUCACCAUUCCAUGAAGCGUCUUUCUUUGUCAGCUCAGUCUCAGGGGGAUUUGAACCCCCAUCCUACACCAACAUUGGGCUUGUCAGUGAUGAGAUCGCUGGUGGAAUCACACCCCUUGCUGCAGUUCUAGGACCUGGUGGUUUACCAUUAGAGCCUCCGCCACCUUACACCCUGUUUGCUCCUAGUCUUCAAUCAACACCAAUCGUUGGAAGAAGUUUUACAGGAAGCUCAGUCAAUACCACCCCUUCAGGAGGACAAGCGGGUACACCAGCAGUGCAGAACGUCAGGGUCACUGGUGGCAGUUUUUCCGGAAAUCCAGUGGGGACCCUGGAGUCAAGAGAGGGCGUUGUGGUCAGAGGUGAUGGUAGCCGUGGAAGCACCCGUAGUGACGACCUUAGACUUGCUCCAGGGGUGUAUCAAUACCAGACGGGACUGAGGGAUAGAACACUUCACCAGUCUCUGAGACUUAGCUCUGACCAGAGCGCAGAGUGGAGUUCUCGUUCCACGCAUCAGCGGCAAGUCACAGGUGAAGGAUCGAGGCAGCCGGAAUCAAUGACGAACAGUGAGGAUGAUCCAAACAGUUUGCCUCCAGAACUUUACCGUGAUCAAAUCAGGAGAAGUGGACAUAGGUACAGCCUGUCUGAUCCGACACUCUUGAGCAGGAAUGCUAGGAAUCGUCAGAGGCCGAGGCCUCCUCCUCCCCCAGAAACAACAACUCAGUCCCAACCGCGGGACAGUUCAACAGAAUUUGCAAUAAACGUGGAUAGUGGUGCUAUAGACGAGAUAGAACAAACUGUCUCAAAUCAGAGAGAGACAGAAGUUCAGAGUUUUCCUUCUCAAAUAACUCAUUUGCAUGAUUCCCCUCACAGGAGACAAACGCUUCCUCCACCUUACGAAGGCAGGCAUAAUGUUGUUAGGACUCACUCGAGCGCAGCAGCUAGAACUAGUGAUGUUGUGUAUCCUGCAAGAAGUGUUGAGAGUUCUCGGAAUGAAGCAUCUAGGGACGAGGAAUCUCUGGCACGAGGUGAAUCAAGUCAUUCACAAAGUAGGGUCAGUGUUCAGGCAGAUAUUCAUGAAGCAAGGACUUUACCUAGCAACUGGAGACCUGAACUGGUUGAAGAGUCUAUCUAUGAAUCCAUCCCAUCGCUGCAAUCUUCACCAUCAUGGGAUGAGCGGAGCAGUUCUCCGGAGAGGAGAACACAGACUGAAAAUGCAGGCAUAAGGUAUAGUACUAAUGCAGCUGAUGGCAGGACUCGUGACAUGGAAGAUUACAGUGAUAAUAUGUAUAGCUUGGAUUGGAAUGACCAGGAAUGGAGAGGACACUCAAGAGUGCAGGAGAGGGCUGGCAGGGGUAGAGCUGGAAGCAGGAGCUGGGAUGAGGGGGUGAACCAAGAACAAGAGCUCCCAGAUGUUAUAGGGUCUGGGGAUACAUCCAGAGAACAAUCAACACAGGAUGGUAGUGGGGUUGAUGAUCGGGAGAGGGCAGGUAGAACUCAUGCUGGUAGACAGCCACCACCAUAUGGGGGCAGGAGGGUACCUGCUUAUGCCCCUCCCCCAUAUAAGGCAAGGAAUAGAUCACUUCCAAACUAUGCAAGACGACCAAACAUGACAUCGCCUCCUCCCCCUUACCAGGGUAAUCAGCGGUCACCCCAGAGGAAUAUCAACAGAGAAGGGCAUGAUGGGACCUGGUCAGGUCAGAGGAACUCUGAAACCCCUGAACCUUCGGAUAGGCCAUUUCCUCAUUGUGAUGUAAGGGAGAUAACAGGGCUUUCAGAUAGAUUAAGAAAUGAGGAUGUAUCCUCAGACAAUAAUGGCCGAGAGCGAGGUGUUCAGUUAGAUGAUAGAGCCUCAAGGGGGGUAGGGGGAAAUGAGAGAUAUGACAGGAGGUCAAACACAUUCCGUGAUCAUCCGAAACCAACUAUAUCUCAUUCAAUACCUAGACUGUCUGUAUCGUCAUCACUAGCUAUUUCCCCACCAUCUUCGACUUCCUCAGGAAGGCAACCCUCAUCUGUGUCUCCCAGCUAUCCAUCUUCAUCACUUUCAUCUCCCAGACAGUACCCAACAUCACCGUCAUCUUCAUCUGCAUCAUCAGUGACAAUGACAUCAUCGAGACAACAUUCGGUCCCAUCUGCCACCUCCUCUCCAAGUUCUUUCAAUGCAGUGUCUCCUAGAAGAGCAAGGGCUGAUCUUCUAGCCCGUAUCGCAGGACCAGCAUCGCACCCUCCGCCUCCCAACACAUCCCUGUCAUCCUCCAGGAACUCUCAGGUAGAUCGGGAAGCAAACCAAGAUGUAUCGCGAAACAACCAGUACCAUCGUCCGCGUCCCGUUGCCCCAAUCCGUUCCUCUCCAUCCGUCGCUUCGUCGCAACCUCAGCACCCCUCUAAACCAUCUCGCAUCUCCAGAGCCCCUUCCCACAACCGGGUCUCCCCAUCCCCCAAUCCAUCCACCGUCCCUCUACAUCCCCUGUCUUUGCCAGGAGCCACAACAACUCAGCCGCGAACCUUACUGCAAUCCUCAAGCAAUACUUCCAAACCGGACAUGGUGUCCAGGAGUAGAACCGAUGGGAAACCUGCUGCAGAGAUUCAUCCCUUCAGGACCGUUCGAAGCACUCCUGUGAAGGCACAAAGAGCCUAUGUGGCUACCAAGGCACUUGCCAAUGCCCUCCAGAAAGGGCAAUUAAAUGAUCUCUUAGAGGAAUAUGAAGAGACCAUUAUUUGACUGAAAACUAAUACAUCUUGUCAACAAUUAUGAUGAAGUUAAUCUUGCUUAAACUCAGAAGACUGUACUAGGAGAGCUGAAGGGAGAUUGAACAAUUAUAUUUACACCUUAACUUUCUUGUUUUUUAUCUAAGCCUUGUAUUUUGGAAUCAAGGGAUGAUUUCUGUAUUCGUGAUUAAGGGUCAUGGUAUAAUAAAAGUUUAUUUUAGUAAUGCAAUGUAAGGCUGAUAUGAUAAAAGAUUUAAUCUGAUCCUUAAUCCUGUCGGAUGUGGAUCAUUGCUAAUAUUCUUAAUGAAGAUUUUUUUUCAAAACAAGAUCAUGAUGACUUGUGUCUCAAAACAAAUAAUUGGCAAAGUCUCAAUAAAAUUGAGAUUUAUACAUUUCGUUUCUUAUUUUCAUUUUGAACAUCAUGUACUAUGUUCUUGUGCAGUUAUGCAGACUUUUUUAUUGUUCUUUUGAGUUUAUUUUUAAAUCUGGAUGAAGACGACCUGAAAAAGGUUUGAGAUUUUUUUUCACACUUGAACAAGAAAUGAAUAUGGUGCUUAUCAUUAUCAAAAGAUGUUAUUGAAUGUUCAAAGUUAUUUUUAUGUAAAAUUUGUUUUAUUAAAAAUCGAGUUCAAAAUUAUUUAUUUUUUCCAGAAAAGAUAAUUAUGUACCAACCAUAACAGUUGUGGUUUUUAUAUAACAAGAAGAAUUACAUUCUAAUCAUUAGCAAAUAAUCAGUAAUAAAAAGUAAUUGUUUACGCAUAAAUAGUCAAACAACUCAGUUUUAUAUUUUAUUGAAACAUUUCAUAGUUAAAUCAUGAUAAUCCUAAUUUGAAAGAAAUCAUACAGAUGAUAAUUAUGAUGAUAAUAUGAAUGGGUUUUAAGCUAUUUGUUCUUGUAUGAAAGUACAAGUGGGUUUGAUAUAGUUGUUCAACAACUCAUUCAUGAUCAAUUCUAUAUACUUUGUUCAAGAUGAUGAUAUACAAUCUUCUAAAUCAUGAACCAUUGCAAGAAAAAAAAUAAUAAAAGAAAAUAAUUACAAAUCUUAUUUUUUUAUAAUGUUAUUUGAGGUAAUGUUGGCCGCAGGUUUUCAUCUGUUUGAUGGGUUUUAAUGUUUAGUUUUGCAAGAAUAAUGAAGGUAUUUUGAACUUCCAAAUCGCAUAGAGUAUGAUUAAAGUUGAUAAAGUUUAUUUGCCUUUUACUUGCCUUUAAGUUUACUAAAGCCAUAUCAUCUGGUAAUGGUUAGUUCAUUUUGAGUUUAUUUUUUUUAUUGGAUAUACUUUACUAACACAAUAUUUAUUCAUGUUCAUUUCCUAAAGAAAAAAAUGAUACAAUGCUAGUUUAUAUAUAUUGCGAUACAACAUUUUAAUUAGGCCAUGCAAUAUGUGUACUAAUGGCUUCUUACAAAAUAUAUCUAGUGCAUUUUCUUUGUUCGUAAUUUAUUCUUUCUACACAUCAAAUAAUGACAAGCAUUAUACUUGCCUCAGUUGAAGAGGAUUGCCAAGAGUGAAAUUAAUUAUAUUUCCUUUUACAUAUUUUUUAAUGAAGUUGGUGUUGGUAUUAAUUAUAUUUCAGACUUAUUUCAAAUUUAAACUUUUGAUGCAUUAGGAUGGCGAUUAUUUUUGGGGUUUGGGUGAUUUUAAACUUUUAUAUUGAAACAAUCUUUGCAAAUUUUCAUUUUGUUGAUCAGUUGAGAAAGAUAUUUUUCAGUUUGUGUCUUUAUUGCAGCAUGCAAUUUAUGUUAAAACAAUUCAAAGGAACAUUGAAAUAGUAUAAUGAAGUUGGCAGAUGGUUUGAAUGCUUUAUAAAUCAAUGAAUAUGAUAAAUAAAUCGCUAAAUGAAUAGAUUUUAUCUAGCAGAACAAAAAGUCAAUAGCUAUUUCACGAGUCUCAAUAAAUGUUUAUUGAUGAUAGUAUUUGGAGGAAUAAUUUUUUUGGGGACAGUAAUGGCCAACAUGGAUCUUAUUUCUCAUGGAUUUUAUUCGUAAAUCUUUUUUUUCAGUCAUUUUACAUACAGUUAUACAUCUAUGGUUGUAUAGGUUUCAUCGAUUUGACAAAAGGAGAAAGCUGAAUUUAUUUGAAAUAUAUCCUUUAUGUGCACAUAUAUGCCAAAUUCUAAGAAAAUCAAUACAGCAUUAUUAUGUACUGUUUUCUAUUACGACAUUAUAAAGUAUUUACGUCUCUGUUAUUAUUGUUGCUCACAUUGUUCACAUGUUAUUGUUUUUAGGAUUAAUGGAGAAAGACAUGUUAUUUUGUUAUUGCUCGUCUGUUGUCUUAUUCCAAUAAACAAAAAUUGUUUGGGUAUUAAAGAACAAAUUAUCAAUGAUGAUGAUGUUAAUAAUGGUGAUGAAGAUGAAACAUUUUUAUAUUAUUAUUGAUCAAAGAUAAAUUUCAGUAAUGAUUUGUAUAAAAUAAUUCAAAUUGGUAUUCCA